GUUCUUGAAUUCAAGAUUCCUCACUAUGCAUUUUCAAGAUGAUCAUGCAAAGAGAGACUCCCAUCACCAUCACCAUCACCAUCAGAUCAUGAGCGGCAGCGCGGCAGCAAACCAGGCGUUGAAGAUCAACCGAGGUUCUCAUUUCAUCAAGAAAUCCCCGUCCUCCUCAUCUUCUUCCUCGUCGUCUUCGUCAUCCUCGUCGUCAUCCUCGGUUAUAAAUGGCGUAUCGGCCGCCAUUGCAAGUACCACCGCCAUGCCUCAACCCCGUCACCCGGUCAUAAUCUACACGCAUUCCCCAAAGGUCAUCCACACCCAGCCUAAAGACUUCAUGGCGUUAGUGCAGAAGCUCACCGGCUUCUCUCGCCCCGCCGCCAUGGCCAACGAGGACGGCCGCGCUUCACCGCCGCCUCCUCCUCCCCAGGGCCACCCUAAACCCGAGCCUUGCGACGAUUAUAUAAUCACAGAAAUAACUAAUAGAAAUAAUCAUGAGAUCACAGAUAAUGAUUCCACCUCGGUGGUGACAGAUGAAAAAGAAGGGAGCUCUAGUGUAGGCCAUGCUUUUGAUGCUCAGAAUAACAGACCACCAUUUGGUAACUGUGUGGAUUCAUUGCUUUUGAUGAGAAGUUCCAUUUCUUCUUCCUCUUCUUCAUUGGAGAGCGUGAAGGACCUUCCAGAUUUUUGA